AUGCUGAAGUUCAGCCCAUCGUGGCCUGCCGUUCAGGAGGCCCUGUGUGACGUCGGGCAGGUCGAUUUGGAGGUUUUUUUGCGGGAGAACCUCGGCGAUCACAGCGCCCCGAACUCACCUCUGGUCUCAGUGGCGCUGAACAUUCUGCAUGCGGACCUUUGGCAGCACUGGGGCCAGGAGCCGUCGCUGGUAGUCGGCCAUUCUGUGGGCGAAGUCGCUGCGGCCUAUGCCGCCGGGAUUCUGACCGUCGGGCAGGCCAUCAGCAUCGCACACAGCCUCGGGUCUGCCAUGCAAAGCUUCCCUGGGGAAAUGGUGCACACGGAGCUGCGCCGAGCCUCCUUGGCCGAGUUCCCCAAGUCUGGCUUCCACGUGGCUGCCAUCAACUAUGUGGUUGCGAAAGGCGACAGCGAAGAAGAGGACCUGCUGAGUGUCACGCUGUGUGGCGCCUCUGCAGAGGAUUAUCUGGCUGUGGAUCCUGCUGCCAUGAAGCUGCGGCCAUGCCAUGCGUGGCAUCAUCCGGAGGCACCAGUGCCCGGCGAGCUUCCGCGCGGCGGUGCUGCCCGCAUCCCCUUCGUCUCUGCCGUUUCUGGGUCUCAGCUGGCAGAGCUCCCGGAGGGCCACUGGCAUCGUUGGCAGCGCAGCCCUGUGAAGUUCGCCGAGGCUCUGAACCUGGUGCGCCAGCUUUCAGAAUCCAAGCAGGGGGGCCGAGUUACAGUGCUGGAGAUGGGUGCCCAUCCCGUCUUGGCGGCUGCCAUCCAGGCCACGUUCUCCGACGGGCUCCGCUAUGCCUCCUCCAUGCGUCGCGGGGAGCCUGCCGCCCCGUUUGUUCGACAUCAGCGCGCUGGCUUGGGGCCGGGCUUCCGCGGGCAGCUGUCGCGGGCGCUCCAAGGCUUCAGCUUCGGUGGCCGGGAGCUGUGCCACGCCACGAGCUUUGCUGCCCAGGGCAUUGCUUCCCAGCAACUGGUGCUCCUGACAGAGGCCUUGAAGCCCUUCUUCCCGGGCCUCGCGGCCCACGACCUCUACCGCUUCAGCUCCAUCGAGGCCCUCUUGGAUUGGGACGUGGAAACAGUCAGCCAGGCUCCGUCGGGGCCGAAGGUGCCGAAAAUGCAGGAGCUUCACUUCGAGAUUUUGGGAUGUGCUCUCCGCCUGCCAGGGGGGGGCGUGGACUCGCCCGGCACCUUCUGGAGCAUGCUGCUGGAGGAUGACCAGGAUUCCGCUUUUGCAGCUUUCAAGGAGGGCCCCAAGGCCGCCUUUCUUCAGCCCAAGUUCGACCAGCGCGCUGCCAUGCUGGCGGCAGAGGCUGCUGGGGUCGAAGGUGCCGAGGCCGCAGCCAUGGACCCGCAGCACGCCUUUGCGUUGCAGCUGGCGGCAGAGAUGUGGCACGACUCGGGCGACGCUUCGCAGCUCGCCAAGGCUGAGCCGACGAGCGUCGGCGUCUACAUCGGCGCCUGGCAGCCCGCCGUCUCCGACACAAGGUCCUCCGCCUAUGCAGCGAUCGGCUCGUCCCUGAGCGCCCUUGCAGCCCGGGUCGCCAACGCUUACAACUUGCAGGGCCCGUCAAUGACUGUGAACACAGCCUGCUCCUCAGCGCUUGUGGCCGUUCACCAGGCCUUGCAGGAAGCACGUACCGGGCAGCUGGCGUUUGCCGUUGCCGGCGGUGUGAACCUGUUCGGGGAGGACGCGCAGCUCUUCAAGAACCUCCGAAGGGCUGGGAUGCUCAGCCCUUCCGGCCGAUGCCACACCUUCUCCGCCUUGGCCGACGGCUACGUCCGCGGCGAGGGCGGCGUCCUCUUCCUGCUGCAUGCCGGCUCCGGCCUUCCAUCUCGCGCACAGGUCCUGGGCUCGGCGGUGACCCAGAACUCGACGCAGAAGCCCUUGUCCUCCGUGGACCCGCUGGCGCAAGAGCGUGUCAUCCGCCUGGCCUGUGCCAGUGCCUCUGUGACUCCCACUGACCUCGCCGCCGUGGAGCUGCAUGGCACCGGCACUCCUCUGUGGGACCCGGUGGAGAUCUCGGCCCUCGCCCGGUUGGGCUGCGCUGUGGCCAUGACGGCGUCGAAGAUGCACGUGGGCCAUUUGGAGUCGGCGGCGGGUGCCGUCGGGCUCCUGAAGGCCAUGCUCGUCUGUGAGAACUACCACGUGCCCUCCUUUGAAGUCCACGGCGGCCUGAACUCCCAAGUCCUCGCCGCGAUGGAGGGAUCCUGCCUCAAGAGCCCAGGAGUCGAGGUUGAACUAGCCGCCGGUGCCUAUGUGGGCGUCUCCAGCUUCGGCUUCGCAGGAAGCAACGCGCACGUCGUGCUGGCCCCAACUCCCACGGCCAGGGCCUGUCCCAAGUACGAGGCCGCAGCCCGUGAGCAUUCCGUGCUUCCCCGGCAGUAUGAGCUUUCCGUCGUCGAGACCAUCUCCACCGCCUCCGCUCAAUCGCAGGAGCAAGCCCCCUUCUCGAGCGCCGUAAGCAACCGUCUCUUCUCCGUGGCCGAGGACGCCGAGAAAGCCGACGCCGAGGACGUGGACGUCAGCUCCCUGAGCUUCGUCGGCAGUGCCUUGCUGUCCAUUUUGGGCGGCGACGCAGAGGUGGACGUGGACGCGGACCUGCACGAGCUGGGGAUCGACUCUCUGGGCUUGGCGGAGCUCAUGGGUUUGCUUGAGGACCGAUUCGGCCAAGGCUGCCUCAGCAUUGAGAAGAUCAUGGAGGAGCCGACGUGCCGGGCCAUCGUGAAGAACUUGGGGGAGCUCGGAGGCCCCUUAUGCUUGGAGGAGACCUUGGAGCCCAAGCCCAGCCUUCCCACGACUUCCCAAGCUUUCUCCGUGGAUUCCGUGGACUCCGAGCCGAAAACGUCCAUCCAGGAGCCGAAGCAGGUGGCACCCGAAGAUCUGAGCAAGUGCUGGAUCCGCACGACUCACGUCGGCUCCCUUCCUCGGCCCAACCACAGCAACCUGGAUAUGGACCAGGUCAUCGCAGAGCAGGAGGCAGCCGCCGUGGACAUCAUCAACGAUGGCGAGUGGGUCCGUGACAACUACAUCGGCGACGUCAUCGUCCGCAUCCAGGGGCUGAGUGGCGACAGCACCAAGGACGUGAAGACCAGCUGCUGCGCCAAGCAUUCGAUGCCCAUUGCCGCGGACAUGCAGGACGUGCCCCUGUAUGCACAGCGCUUUACCGGUGGAAACGGCCUCAUCACUCUGAACCCCAAGCGGGAAGCCACAAGCGGCCUGGCCUGCGUGGGCCAUCCCUGCUACCAGCCCGGGGAGAUCCCAUGCCUGAAACCCUUUCUGGAGGCCGCGUGCAAGAGCGGCAAGGCACUGGGCGAUUGCUUCUUCUCGGUGCCCUCGCCUGGGACUUUGGCUCUCUUCUGCAGAGACUGCUUCUUCCACCGCCACGACGCAUACGUGGCAGCGCUGGGCGAGGCCCUGAAAGGGGAGUACGCCGAGAUCGCGCGGCAGGGCAUUCUCCUGCAGGUGGAUUGUCCUGAUCUGGCCAUGGGUCGCCACACCAGGUGGUCCCAGCUGACGGACGCGGAGUUCCUGGAGGUCGCCAAAAGCAACGUCGAGGCCCUGAACCGGGCCUUGGAGGAUGUGCCUGCCGAGCAAAUUCGCGUCCAUGUGUGUUGGGGCAACUAUGCCGGACCGCACCACAAGGACAUGCCAGCUGAGCUGUUGUGGCCCCUUAUCGGAGAGAUCAAAGCAACGUACAUCCUAGUGGAAGGCGCCAACCCACGGCACCGCAUUGAUGUGGCCGCCUUCGAGGACGCAGUCCAGAAGGGCUACUUCAAGCCGCACCAGGUCAUUGCCCCUGGCCUGGUGGACACCACUACGGCUCGGGUGGAGGACCCGAAGCUCAUCGCUGAGAGCUUGCUACGAUACGUUCGUGCAGUGGGCCACCCGAGCCGCGUGCUGGCCAGCACCGAUUGCGGCUUCGCCUCAACCGCCAAAUCCACGGCCAUUUCGGCAGACAUCGCAUGGAUGAAGCUUCGGAGUCUGGCCGAGGGGGCCGCCUUGGCCACCCGCCUCUUCAUCGAACAGCGCGCUCCAGUGCCCUGCCGGUCGCCGAGCUUCGUGCCGACGCCCUUCCGCCCGGUGAUUUUCGCCAGCAGCUCCGACAAUUAUGCGCUGCAGCUGCAGGCAGCCUUCUCGCGCUUGACGGUGCAUCCGGCCAGCAUCUUUGCCGAGGAGGCUUUCGAGAAGCUCCGCUGGGUGGUCGACGCACCGCUGGCCUUCGUGGCACUGGGGUCCAGAGGUCUGCAGCUGGCCCAAGCCACCUUGGACCGCCUCAGGGCCGACCUUGCCGUUGCUCGGCGCCCAGCCACGCUCACCGCCGCUGCAGAGGACGAGGCGCCUGUGGCGCUGGCGGAGAGGGUUCGUGGACUGCAGCAGACGGGCUUCGACAAGCGUUCCUUGGUUCUGCCUCGCCGCAGCCAGCCGCCGGUCUCCGCGGACGUGGUGGUUGUUGGCGCAGGGCUUUUGGGCAUGCUGACGGCGCACCGCUGCAGUGCUGCGGGCUUCAGCGUUGCAGUGCUGGAGCAGCGGACCCUUGUGGGCGGCAUUUGGUCCAUGUACGCAAACUCGACCUCCCAGGUGAACAGCUCUGAGGGUGGCUACUGCAUCAAGGAGCUCCUCGGUGAGGAGGAUGGCAAGGCUCCCUGGGACAACCGGGACCACAGCACCGCCGCGGAGGUGCUGAAGGAUUUCGCCAAGCUCGGCGACCGCCUGAAGGAUCACAUCUUCACUUCUGUGCGCGUCGUCAAGAUCUUGGGCGAGCACGGGAACUACACGGUGCUCUUUGAGGACGGAUUCUCGAGCAGCGCCGGCGUGCUCCAGUGCCGCGGAGUGGUUCUGUGCAUCAACGACCGGGUGGGCCUCCCACGCCCGUUGUCCGUGCCUCGAGAAGACUUUGCCGGUGUGGUGGCGGAUGGGACAUCUGAUUCCCUAGCAGGUAUGGACUGGCGCGGCAAGCGCGUGAUCAUCGCCGGAAUGGGAGCCUUUGCCGUGGAGAACGUGCGCACGGCUUUGGAACAGGGCGCUGCAGAGGCGAUUGACUACCUGAACUUCGUGAAGCCCUGGGACGAGAAGUACAAGCACGACACCCAGACGAACGUGAAACAGUUCCUCCGAUGGAAGCAGCUCUAUGAGCGGUCCGGUUGCACCGUGCCGGAGUGCUGGCCCAAGCAGGUGAAGCACGACGGCCACACCAUCUCCGUGAGCGACAUUUGGUUUGUCGCCCACUUCAUGAAGAAGCUCCGCACCUGUGCGGGAGAGAUCCAGUGGCUGGUGAAGGACGGAGCGAUUUUGUCGAGUGGCGACUUCGUCCCUUGCGAUGUGGUGGUCGGCUGCAUCGGCUUCGAGCGAUCGAGCUUUUUAUGCGAGAAGCUCACGGGACGCAGCGAGGUGCGUGCCACCAACUACCUGGACAAGGACAUGAUGUAUCUUGCAGAUGCUGAGAUUGACGAAGGCGCCUUCAACUCUUUCUUCGGCUCUUCGGUGCUGGAGUACGGGAAGUUCUUCAGCAACGUGUUCGUGGAGGGCCUGCGCCGGCCCGAGGAUUUGGGAGAAUCUCUCUGGGGCCGCGAUGCCCCGUCUGUGCGCAUCACCCAAAGGAAGUGGAACCAGUACAUUGCCGUGGCCAUGAAGCUCAUUGAGGAGGACGAGGCGAUCGCGGGGCACGCCCGGCGCCAGGUGGAGGAGCGCAGGAAGCACUUCUGGCGCACGCUGCCCCCAAGCAGUUUCCUGGCUGUGAACCGGCGCGAGUGGGAGGAGCUCCACCAGCAGCUGAACGGCGGAUGGCCGGUGCCGAAGGAGCAGCAGCUCCCGUAUUUCUUCGACGAGAUCCCUGAUUGGUGCUGA